AUGUCUGAACCUGAUGAGGCCAAGCAAGAAAUUGACCUUUUGGAUUCAUCGUCUUCACCAACUCCCAGUGCUGCAACUACUUCAAAACUUAGUACUUACCGGUAUAACACUCGAAGUAGUGCUGCUGCAAGUAGCAGUAGUCGUAGUAAUAAAGUCUUUUCUGAUUCAGCAAUAGAUGCACAGUUAAAAUAUCUGUUAGAUAGAGAAACAGAACUACAGUUACAAAUCAAUGAAUUAACGGAAGAAAUCGCUCAACUACAAGCUAAAAUUACCAGUCAAGACAGCAGUACAACGCUCAGUGGGAAUGGUAAAAAGAGAGAGCGCGGAAAAAGUGUCGAAUGUGGUAAUAAUGCUGAAAAUUACGAUGACAUUUGCUGGGAAGAGUUUGAAGCACCAGAGUGGUGUGUGCCUAUUAAAGCAGAUGUGUUGACAUUUGAGUGGGAUGUAUUCGCGAAAGAAUGUCAAUUUGAUGUGAUUCUGAUGGACCCUCCAUGGCAAUUAGCAACUCAUGCUCCAACUCGUGGUGUCGCAAUCGCUUAUCAACAAUUACCAGAUAUUUGUAUUGAAGAAUUGCCCAUACCGAAAUUACAAAAAAAUGGAUUUUUAUUUAUAUGGCAAACCGUAAAUAGAAGAAUGGCUAAAGGGCAUGGUUUCUAUUUACAACAUGCAAAAGAAACUUGCUUGAUGGGAAGAAAAGGAAAGGAUCCGCCAGGAUGUAAACAUUCAAUUUCUUCCGAUGUAAUAUUUUCCGAAAGACGUGGGCAAAGUCAAAAGCCAGAAGAACUAUAUGAAAUGAUCGAAGAAUUAGUUCCAAAUGGAAACUAUUUGGAAAUAUUUGGUAGGAAAAAUAACCUACGCGAUUAUUGG